AUGGGACCUUCAGCCAAAGCGACCGCGUUGGAGACGCUGGAUAUGGGUUCAGAUCCUAGCUCAGGGUCCUUCCAAGAAGGCGGAACAGCACGAGACGAGGAUGAAAUGCAUCGCAUGGGAAAGAUUCAAGAGUUCAAGAGAAACAUGCGACCUCUUGCAGCAUUGAGCUUUGCAUCCGUCCUGCAAGCCACUUGGGAAUAUCUCAUCAUCUCUGACUACCAGGGAUUGGAGAAUGGAGGUCUGUCAGGCAUGUUCUGGUCAUACAUAUGGACAUUUAUCGGAUUCGGAUUCAUCAUUGCGUCGUUGUCGGAAAUGGCUUCGAUGGCACCUACGGAUGGAGGUCAAUAUCAUUGGGUAUCGGAGUUUGCGUCGCCUCGACACCAGAAGUUUCUGAGCUACGUCACUGGCUGGAUGUCCACACUGGCAUGGCAAGCUGGAACAGCUUCUGGGUCCUUCCUCACCGGCACUAUUAUCCAGGGAUUGAUCACUAUUCGCAACCCGGAUUACGAUCCCCAAGGCUGGCAGGGCACUCUCCUUGUGUUCUCAAUGGUUCUUGUAUCAUACGUUUUCAAUGUGUAUGCGUCAGAUCUGAUGCCAGUCUUGAGUAACAUCCUGAUGAUUCUUCACAUCCUUUGCUGGGCAGUGAUCUUGAUCGUCCUGUGGGCCAUGUCUCCUCACCGAUCCGCCGAAGAUGUCUUUGUCGCAGAUUGGCAAAACCUUGGAGGAUUGCCUACAAUGGGAGUGAGUGUGAUGGUGGGACAAAUCUCAGCUAUCUACGGUUGUCUGAGUUCCGAUGCGUGUGCCCAUAUGUCGGAAGAAAUCAAGGACGCCGGCUCAAACGUACCACGGGCUAUGGCCUGGGGAUAUUUCAUUAAUGGAAUUAUGGCUGCUAUCUUGCUCAUUGCCUACCUCUUUGCCACCCCAUCCGUACAGGAUUCUCUUGAUGACCCAACCGGAUUCCCAUUCCUCUACGUGUUCAAGCAGGCUACCAACAUGGCAGGAGUCAAUGGGUUGACAGCUGUCAUCUUGAUUCCUGUUAUUUUCAGUAACAUUAUGUUCAAUGCCUCCACCUCUCGCCAAACUUGGGCUUUUGCUCGUGAUAAGGGUCUUCCAUGCUCCAAAUGGAUCUCCAAAAUGGACCCCAAGCGCAAAAUCCCCGUUAAUGCUAUUGCCCUCAGUUGCGUGAUUAGUUGUCUGCUUUCUCUGAUCAACAUCGGCUCUGAUACUGCCUUUAACGCUAUCAUCUCUCUCAACACCGCUGCCUUGAUGUACACCUAUGUGGUCUCGAUCACCUGUAUGAUCUGGCGAAAGAUCUGGCAUCCCAAUACCCUCCCCGUUGGUCGGUGGGCUCUGAACGGAAAAUGGGGAUUGACUGUGAACAUCAUUGGCCUGUGCUACUCCAUUUUCGCAAUGUUCUGGUCAUUCUGGCCAGGUGAGCUGCCCGUCACUCCUGAAAAUUUCAACUGGAGUGUCGUGAUCUUUGGUGCAGUUUUCAUCAUCAGUCUCAUCAUGUAUUUCAUCAAGGGACGGAAAGAGUAUUCUGGUCCAGCUGUGGAUGUCAAACGUGAGGACUAG